GAUCAGCCAUCUGAAUACCUUCGUUCUCAUUGCCUGCUUUAUUUCAGAGGAAAUGCUUGCUGUGGAGCAGAUGCUCGUUCUAUCCCAGACAUUAUUGUUUGCAUAGAUGCCUGCUUUACUCAAAAGUGUUCGACUAAUCCUCGCGGUGCUAGCAGUAUCGACCCUCCUAAUCCAACUCCAACAUUCUUCCUGUCAAACGACGAUGUCAAAGCAAUGGAGGAUUUUGUAAAAAGUUGUUGUGGAAAAAGACAUCAAAUGCGAGCCUCCAGAGCGGAAGAGGAGGAGGAUUGCUAUGAAGAAGGGAUGUGUGUGCCAGUGUCUGUGUUGAAUGGAUGCGGAGAAUCCUUCAUUGCUGCAGACAAAAAGCGUGAAAAGGCAAGUACUUGUUUUGUUACCAACACAGGCCUGAUGGCCCUGCCAUGCAGACAUGACUGUGUCCUCUGGCUUGUCAACCUCACAUCAGCGGGAGAAAAGCAACACUAUGCGCUCACUCUCCUGGACCAGCUGUUCAAGCAUAUACCCCCUCAGAUGACCGUAGGACUUCUCUAUGACAUUGGAUGUCAACUUGAAUGA